CCGGUCGGUGGCCCAAGUUUAUUUAUUCUCUCGCUGAUGGACAACCCUUGUGCGGCAAUCAGAGAGACGACCAGAGGAAUUCAUUUAUCUGUAGAGUGCAGGGAGACAUGAGCGGAGAUCCUAUCGCGGUGGGGCCAUGGGGUGGAGACGGUGGUGGUGGGUGGAGUUGGAUGGCCGAUGGUGACGGGAUUAAGCAGAUAAUCCUCGGACACGAAGAGGUGAUCCGUUCUAUCAAGUUCCUGGGCGGCUCUGGAGGCUUUUCAAAUGAAUUUGGCAGCCCUAGUUCAUCAAAAAUUGAUCAGAUUCAGAUAGCUUGGCCUGACGAGUAUCUAACUUCCAUAAGCGGGACGUUUGGCCGACGUUGGAAGAAUCAAAAUGGGCACGUGGUAGUAAGAUCAAUCCAAUUCAAUACAAAUGCCAGGUCAUACGGACCCUACGGUUCUACAGACGGCACGGCUUUCUCUCUUCCUGUGAAACAGGGGAAGAUUGUGGGGUUCCAUGGACGAUGCGGUGCGGAUCUUGACUCCAUUGGAGUCUAUCUAAAGAAUUGACUCUCAACAAUGAAAAUACCAAGUUUGCAACAUUGGAAUUUCUAAAUAAACUACUUUUUCCUUCAGUCGUUUGUGGCUUUGUGUCGUGGAAACCCAAUUCCCGGUAUUUGAUGUAUAAGUAGUAUCUUAUUUUUAGGAUAUUUAAAUAAAAAUCCAGGGGCGGUUCGUCUUGGUUGCUUUACAAGGCUCCCAUACUCUGGUCGGUGUGUGACUCUGAGUGAUAUAGUGUUGGAUUGAGACUUUUCCUUUUUGCUCUUUCUGAUUAUGAGGCUUCUUUGUACGGUUGUAUCCA